AUGACAAACUAUAAUCGCAAACUCAUUCAAUUUGUGGCCGUCGCCUGCAUAUUGGAAUACCUUUCUGCUAACGCACUGAAAGCGUUCUGUGACAUAUCAGCUGUCCAUCUUCGUGACCCAGCUCCUGGUGUUCACCUAUGCCUCAAGGUCCCUCAUACAAACAUCUUCUACGUUCCCCCUAUCCCGACAAUUCUGGGGAGGAAUACACUACUACCGCACGCAAACAACCAUGCCUCGGCCCAACAACGGCUUUCGUUCUCUGUCAUAUAUACUGUUUCGAGACAGUAUCAUGAUUCCUUUCAUAACCUUAAGCUUCCUGCUCGCAGCAUCAAUCGCAUUACUUCGCUCAUACGAAUCGCCGGUCCAAGGCUAAUUCUAAACCUACGAGAGGCAUACUACAAGCCGUUCAAGGACGAGUGCAACAGAGAGUGGGAUGACGACAUAGAUCUAGAUCUAGAGCGCCCGUAG